AUGGAUCUCGUUCUCGGCGUCGCGCUCUGGGCGUCGCCGCCGUGCGUGAAGUUCCCGGGGUUGGUCGUCGCGGCGCUCGCGCGGCGACGACUCGGCGCGGCGCGGCGUCGACGGGACGGACGCGCGGCGUCGAGCGCGGCGACGAGCGCGGACGAUGGCGUCGGGGUGGAUUUAACGUGGCGAGAGGUGUCGAUGACGGUGCGGAACGGGCGGACGGGGAUGACGCGGCGGGUGUUGGACGCGUGCUCGGGUUCGGCGCGGGCGGGACGGUUGGUGGCCGUCAUGGGACCGUCGGGGGCUGGGAAAUCGUCCCUGCUCAACGCGUUGGCGGGUCAGGUGCCGGAGAGCGCGCGGGUGAUGCUCACGGGUGUUUUACGGGCGAACGGUGCGGACGCGGGGGAUGGAUCUGGGUUCAGGAAGGCGUACGUGCAGCAGGAGGACGCGUUGUAUUCAAUGUUGACGGUGCGCGAGACGUUGGAGACGGCGGCGAAAUUAGGCGGGUCCAAGGACGUGAAACGGACCACGGAGACGCUAUUGAACGAUUUGGGUCUGGCCGCGUGCGCUGACACGCGCGUGGGCGACGCGAAGACGCGCGGGGUGAGCGGCGGGGAGAAGAAGCGACUCGCGCUCGGCGUGCAGCUCGUCGGCGCCCCGAGCGUGAUCUUCGCCGACGAACCGACGAGCGGUUUGGAUUCGUUUCAGGCGGAGAAGGUGAUGAAGACGUUGUCCAAGCUGGCGAAGGAGCACGGCAAGACUGUGGUGUGCUCGAUCCAUCAACCUCGAUCGUCCAUCGUCGACCUCUUCGACGACUUGUACUUGCUCGCCGACGGACGAUGCGCGUACUUCGGACCGAUGUCCUCCGCGCGCGAUUGGUUCGAGAAGUCGGCGGAUGUGACGAUCCCGAACGAUGUUAACGUCGCCGAGUACCUCAUCGAUAUCGUCUCCAUCGACGCGACAUCGGCGGAGACGACUGCGGAGACGUCUAAGCGUAUUGACCGUAUCGUCAAGGCGAUGGCGUCCAAUCCGCCCGCUCUCGCGGAGGACGACGUCUCCAAGGGAUUAUCGACCGCCAGUGAUGCACUCGCGCUCACUGGCAAGCGUGUCGGAUUCUGGGGACAAUUUCCGCUUCUGUUGAAGCGAUCGUGGCGUCAAGUGACGCGCGAUAAGGCGACGAACAAGGUACGACUACUGACGUCACUCAAUAGCGCCAUGGUGUUUGGAAGUAUCUUUUGGAAGAUGAAGCUCACGCAGACGGCGAUCCAAGACCGCAUGGGUCUCUUGCAAGUCUCCGCAAUCAACGCCGCGAUGAGUGCGCUCAUGAAGACUUUGACUUCGUUCACGAAGGAAAAGGUCAUCGUCAAUCGCGAGCGAGCGUCCAAGGCGUACGGCGUCUUGCCCUACUUCACGUCCAAGCUCGUCGCAGAGCUCCCCGUGGGAGCUUUCUUCCCUCUCGCGUUCGGCGCGUGCGUGUAUCCGAUGGCUGGUUUACAUCCCACGCUUGGACACUUCGCGCGUUUCUGCACAAUACUAACCGUCGAAUCCUUCUCAUCUUCGGCGCUGGGUCUGGCAAUCUCUUCAAUUGCUCCGAGCACGGAAGCCGCGGUCGCGAUGGGCCCCGCGGUCAUGGUGCUCUUCAUUGUUUUCGGCGGGUAUUACGUCAACCAAGAUAACGUCCCGAUUUACUUUAAAUGGCUCAACAAGUGUUCGCUCAUCAAGUGGGCAUUCCAAGGCUUGUGCGUGAACGAAUUCCAAGGUCUCAAAUUCGAGACAAAGCGUCCGUUCGACCAAAAGACGGGCGAGGACGUCCUCGAGCGCCUCUCCUUCCAGGACGCCACCCCGCUCUCUAGCCUUCGUCAGCAAGGGAACAUCUUGAGCUUCCUUUAUUUGCUCACUUUGUACUUGCUCGACACCAAUGCGCCCAAGUUUGCCGUCAUGCAGCCGCCGUCGGUCUAA